CAUAACAAGUAAAAAUUGUUGUUCAGUUUAAGUUAUUAUUUAUUAAUAUAUUCAAAAUGACAGGAAUACUAGGGGCUGGUAUGUCAGGUUUAUCAGCUGCAUAUUAUGCUCUUCAAAAUUCGAAAAUGGCACCAAUAGUUAUAUUUGAAGCCACAAAUCGUGUGGGUGGCUGGGUACGUUCAAUAGAACUAUCUGAUGGGACAAUUUUUGAACAAGGUCCACGAACAAUCCGACCUUCAGGUGCAAGUGGCAAAAAUACAUUAGAAUUAAUAGAACAAUUAAAACUAUCAGACAAAAUUAUACCUAUUCGAAACAUUCAUCCUGCAUCUAAAAAUCGUUUAAUAUACUCGGAUAAUGAGCUACAUUUAUUACCGAGUACUUUCAAGGGAAUUAUAAAAAAAAAUUCAUUGUUGAAUCGUUCUCUACUCAGUCUUGUAUGGAAUGAUCUAAGAGCACCAAAAGUUCUUAAAGAUGAUGAAAGUACAUAUAGUUUUAUAGAAAGAAGAAUGGGCCAAGAUGUAGCAGAUAAAGUGAUUAGUUCAAUGGUUUGUGGAAUCUAUGCAGGAGAUGCACAUAAAAUAAGUAUAAAAUCAUUGAUGAAACCUUUAUUUGAUGCUGAACAAAAACAUGGUUCUAUAAUCAAAGGAAUUAUAUUAGAACAAUUAUCAAAAAAUAAAAAUAAAACUACUGUAAGAAAGAAAACCGAAACAAUAAAAAAUGAUGAUACUGAAAUAAAUAAGCAAUUAGAUAAUAAUUCACAUAAGAGUUUAGUAAAAACAUCUCAAGAUGAUUUUUGGGCUAUGUGGGGUAUUAAAGGAGGUCUUGAAGAAUUACCAAGAUCACUAGCUAAAAAUAUAACUGAACGUGGUGUCAAUAUCAAAAUGGAACAUAAGUGUGAGAAACUUAAAUUUAAUAAAAACGAUGUAGAAUUAACUGUCAAUGGUGAAGUUAAAAACUAUUCCCGCAUUAUUUCAAGUCUACCAGCAAAAAGUUUAGCUAAUCUUGUUCGAGAACAACAUCCAGAAUUAUCUAAUGAACUAAAAGACAUACCUACUGUAACAGUAGGUGUUGUAAAUCUUCAAUUUUCUGAAAGUGUCUUACCUAUGAAAGCAUUUGGUGUCCUUAUUCCACCAAAAGAAGAAAAACCAAUUUUAGGAGUGAUAUUUGAUUCAUGUGCUUUCCCUCAAAACUCCAAAACAACAGUACUAACAGUAAUGAUGGGAGGGGCAUGGUUUGAGAAAUACUUUGGGAAAUGUUCAUCAGAAGAACACUUGUUGACCGUAGCAGUCAAUCAAGUGAAAGAAAUCUUACACAUUGAGGAAGAUCCCAAGGCAUUCAGUGUUUCCAUUUUGAAGGACUGUAUUCCGCAGCACAUAGUAGGUCACAUGCAACGCUUGACCCGCAUCCAGAAUUAUAUUUCGACGCACAAACUUCCAUUAGGGUUGUGUGGUUCUUCAUACCAAGGAGUAAGUCUCAAUGAUGUUAUUCUGUCAGCAAAACAAGCUGUUUCUGAUAUCAAUUCACAUAUACUAUAAUUUAAAAAAGUUCAAAUGCAGCUUGGCCAGGCAAACGUUGCAAUGCUUUCCUCUAUGAUAAAAAAAAAAUAAAAACAACACGCAGACAUGUACACUAACACUAUUGUAAU